UCACACACCAACAGCACCAUGGAUGAGGCGGCCCGACACGGCAUAGAUGAGGGGGCCAUCAGCAAGGGCUUCAACAGCCAUCUGGGCAAUGCAGACUAUGAGUUUGGUGGGUGGCAGCAGGUGGGUGGCACCCCGCAUCAAGUGAGAGGGAGGGAGCGAGGGAGGGAGGCUGUGUGCGUGUGUAUGCGUCGACAGGCAGACUCUCAGUGUUGUCCGUGUUUAUCUGGCCAGCCUGACUGUGUGAUUGAUGACUCAUUGCGUGAUUCAAGUUGUCUGUGGUGCUGCGAGAUUGAAAGAGAAUGCGUCAGACAAUCCACCAUGCACACAGGCAGGCAGGCAGCAGACAGCCAGUCAAUUGCCCAUUCAACCGUGCCAUCAACAAUACAGCACAGCCGUGCACCCCACACCCACGCGCAGCAUCCAUCCACACGUGGGGAGUCGCCGGUUGUUCUCUUGACCGAUCAAAAAGCUGUUCCACAGCCACCAUGCACCACGGCACGCACACCCCACAGACAGCAUGAGUGUGAAAUGAUGCACGCAAACGUCUUACCGUGCCAGCCAUCGACUCACUACGGUGGGCGCCCUCAUCGGUGGGCGGCGGAAAAACGUGUCGCAAGAAGUCGUCACUCGCACGAUCCCCACAGAGAAUGAGUAUCGCGUCGUCCCGAUUGUCACGGGUCAGGCCGUCGAAUCCCCUUUCGUCAGCCUUGUGCGCCUUGCGGCAGCCCCACACGACAUUGUGACUGAGCGCACAUAUGAGCUUGUCUGCGAGUUGAUGCUGCUCGGAGAGUGAGAGGAAGCUGUCAGGGGUCAGUUGAUAGGGGCGAGGCCCAGUGGGCGCAUGGGCGACGAGAUAUAGGAUGGAGUCCGUGAACGAAGAGUAGAUGUAAUACAGUCCUAUUGACAGACAGUCAGGCGCACGAGAAGAGCAAACAGUGAGUGAUGUGCUUUGUCUUUUCUCCGGCUUUUUUCGAUUGGUCUCUCACGUUUGGUGGGCGGAUCAGAUUGGUAGACGGAGACGGUGGCAAUCUCAUCCGUGAGGGUGGCCCUCAGUGCUUCAGCCGCAUCCUUCACCUACAUAACGCGGCACAUCACCUGGUCGCCACCAUGUUGACCUUUUCUCACCUUGCCAUUUGCGCUGUGGAUAAGAGGAAAGAGCACUGAAUCCUUUCCCCCAGCGCCAAGCAGCUGGUGGAGCGCCUUUCUCUGCUGGCCAUCGAGUCGCUCGGCGAGCGCCGCCAAGGUCGCCAUGUCGUCCAGCACGCGAGCCUCCUCUUGCUGACAGACAGAGGACAGCAGUCAGGUGGCACGAGUGCGACGGACGCAGUUGUACGUACCUCAUUGCUCGGACAUAGGGUGAGAGAAUGUCGGAAUGGCCAACGAGGGAUCCCUUUAACUCUUCGAUCCGCAUCGACAGCUGCUCCGGUGGCAAGGCAGCCAACGCUCGGACCUGACAUACAUAUCAGUCCAAUCAAGCACACUGAUUGACACGUCUGAUCUGUGCGCCGUGCGUGUAUUCUUUGGCUGGCUACAGCGCCAUAUUACCUGACGGCCAAGGCACCCUACAACAGUCCCUUUGGCGGCGUCGGCAAGGUGUUCACUUCCCUUCUUCAUGGCCGCCGCCGCCCUUGCUGCGCCGCUGAAGGGAAGGUGCGCUGCCAUCAGCGCCUCGAUGGGGAGGAAAGUCAGCAGCUGCCGGUGCGACCCAACGGCCUCUCCCAAAUCGUCCUGGCCGUUGGUGGUACGCUGCAGAUGCAGGCAGAGGCCCGGCACCAAUCUGUGGAUGAGAAGGGAGAGCUGGCGGACUGCCGGUGGCCGAGAGUCAAACAGUGCCCGACUGCCGACUUGCCGCAGAUCGCCGGGUGCGACGAUAAUGGGUAGAGAGGGAAUGAUGCGGCUGUUCUUGAGGUAAUAGAUGAGCUGAACAGUCCGCUCCCAGCUGCCGCUCCCCUCAAUGAUGUGCAGCAGACGCAACAGAUACUCCGCACGGCCCAUCGGCAUCUCUGACUUGAUUCCCCUCACCCAGUUGCCGAAUAGUGGCACGACUAUAAGUACCGCCACGUUAAAACCAACGAAGGACGCGUAUAUCGACACACAACGGUCAACCGCGACGCUCAGGUCACCGCUGAAGAUCCCCCUGACGUGGUCGACCAGCAAUUCCUUCCAAUUGAUCAUCAGCAUCAUCACCACCACCACCAGAAAGCCAACACGGCCGAUGACAAAGCGUCCAGCCGCGUUAAUGUUGAGGAGGGCAAACAUUGUGUCCGUGAUGGAGCCGCCCGGAAGCAGCCACCAGCCACCAAUCACUACCCCACUCGCCAACAGGAAUCCAGCCCAAGAAGCGAGCCACUCGCACGACGGCCUGAGGUCCGUGAGCUCCUUGCACGUGGCGGCCACCACAGGAUGGAGGUCGAGAAGCAUCACAGACACCAAAACGAUGAGUGGGAAUAACUUGGCAAGACACGCCGACAGGCCGCUGCAGACGGCCGUGGCGAAAUGCAGCAGGAAUGCCAGGGUCGUCGUGGGGGGCUUCCUGUAGACCAGCACGCCGCUGAGUCCCUUGUUGUGGAUGGCAUCGUCGAGGCGGCGCGUCAGAUAGCCCUCGCUGAUGAGAUGGCAGCCGCCGCAUUUUGAUGUAGCCCGCAAAACACCGCAGCUCGUGACUCCGAAAUUUCGCUUGAGCUCCCGUCCGACAUCAUCAGGCAGACGGCUCAGAUGAGGCUCGAUAGCGGUCAUCGUCCUGGAAUCCGCCUGGCCGGCCCGCUGAUCAAUCUGACUCUCACACGGUAGAUCACGCUUAUAUCAUGGCCUGUUGACUUUUUUUCGGUGCUAUGAG